CCCCUAUAUACUUUCACUCGCUCACAGUUGUAAUAACUUUACAGAAUUCUAUAUAUCGAGGAUUGUAGGAUAAUUAGGCGUAAACGUAACAAUUUAUACUUUUUCAUAGUAACUUCGGCGCCGAUGUAAUUUAUAUGGGAAUUUUGCGUAAAAUUUCGACCCACGAUCGAGGCUGUAUCGAUUGUUACGACCUCAAGUACCGGUUUCAGACAAAUGGGGUGCUUCAGAGUGACGGAGUGGGCCAUGGAAUGACGUCACGUUGUUGUGAUUCAAGCUUAGUAGAUGCGUUGAUGUUUGUUCUGUCCUUGGCCUUAGUCUGCACACCGAAUGCUGUAGAUACUAACAGCAGAUGCGGAAUAUCGUCUUAGUCAUUAUUUAAGGACGUUCGAUCAAGUACUGAAUUAUUUAAACUCCCAACAUUUGAUACCGUGAGUUAAGCCAAAGAUGAUUAUGGAAUGCAUACCACUUGAAAAAAGACCAUCACUUGGUGAUCUGAAACCAUAAUCUGGUGUCUGACUGUAAGUCCACACGGAGUUACAAAUCAAAACACCAACUCCGGCCUUGAGAACCUGAAAAUGCAACCAUUCUCUCAAUCAUGCAACCGGAAAUGAAGUAAAUAUCUUGAAGCCGAUCUUAAAGACUCUACGAGUUGACGGAACACACUUCCAGAACCCUCUGUUAAUGGGGUGCUGUGAGUGGGUUGCUCGUGUGGAUAUCAGAGCGCUGUAAAGGAACGCAACCCGCCAGAACACGCAGACGCGCCCGUCGGCUGUCGUUUGUUCUGCUACGACUUGGAGUGACAGACGGAGCGCGGCGAGCGUCCAUUCAGCAUCUGAGGCAAGCAGCUCGGUACUCCAUCGCUCUUUGCCGGGGGCAGGCAGCCUGCCUUACAUGUCAGCCGCCCCCGGACACCAUGGGACCUUGAGGGGGGUUCCCCGUCCACAACAGUAGAAGCGCCAGCAACCGGCAGCAUGACUGUGGUGCAGGACUGCAGCUCAGUGGGCGCCUCGCGGUUCUCCGACUACCUGCAGCGAUGCAGGGAGUCGCGACGCCUGGUACUGGUGAUCGUCGCCAUCGCUCUUCUGCUAGACAACAUGCUGCUCACCACAGUCGUUCCCAUUAUACCGGAGUUUCUCUACGAGAUCCGACACCCGAACGAGACUGCUGCAGAUCUCAUGACCGCCGCCAGCACCACGACAGUGACCGCCCCAACACCGCCCCCGCCUUGUAGCAGUAACCCCUCGGGCAGCCAGGAAUACUCCAGUGAGCCAUCCACCACGGUCGAAACUAGUAACGUGACUACGUUGUCGCCACAGCAGGUGAUGCAGAAGAAGAGACACGAGGACUUGAUCAAAGAGACAGUCCCCGUUGGUAUGAUGUUUGCUUCGAAGGCCUUUGUUCAACUCCUGGCCAACCCUAUCGUCGGACCUCUCACUCACAGGAUUGGUUACAGUAUCCCGAUGUUCACAGGAUUCAUUAUCAUGUUCCUGUCCACACUCAUUUUCGCUUUUGGUCGUAGCUACAGCGUUCUGUUCCUGGCGAGGGCCCUUCAAGGCAUAGGCUCCUCUUGUUCCAGUGUUUCUGGCAUGGGGAUGUUAGCGGAGCGGUACCCUGACGAUAAAGAACGAGGCAACGCGAUGGGUAUCGCCCUGGGCGGUCUAGCGCUGGGCGUGUUGAUCGGCCCGCCCUUCGGCGGUGUCAUGUACGAGUUCGUUGGCAAGUCUGCUCCUUUCCUUAUCUUGUCGGCCCUGGCUUUAGGAGAUGGAUUGUUGCAGCUGCUGAUGCUACAGCCUGGCGUGGUACGACAGGAGUCCGACCCUCCGUCGCUCAAGACACUCAUCAUGGAUCCUUACAUCGUGGUAGCUGCAGGCGCCAUCACGUUCGCCAACAUGGGCAUCGCGAUGCUCGAACCGUCUCUGCCAAUCUGGAUGAUGGACACGAUGGACGCGGUAUCUUCAAACAGGCGUCGUGUCUUUUGUUCUGCACGUGUGAAAACAAUACUUGUAACACUUUGUCCUUUGAUGUUUGAUGACGAUGUUAUCAGUGACGAAUGGCUUUAUUGCAGAUGGCUGGCUUCACUCUUGGGGCUCAUUAUCAUUGGAAUCUGCCUCAUGUGUAUCCCUCUAGCACGCAGUAUGAAUCACUUGAUUGUGCCGAAUGCUGGACUUGGAUUCGCGAUUGGCAUGGUUGACAGCUCAAUGAUGCCCGAACUUGGUUACCUGGUGGACAUUCGCCACACUGCAGUUUAUGGCAGCGUGUACGCCAUAGGCGACGUUGCAUUUUGCCUGGGUUUCGCUAUUGGUCCUGCACUGAGUGGAACGCUGGUGAAUUCCAUUGGUUUCGAGUGGAUGCUGUUUGGCAUCGCGAUCCUCAACUUCCUGUAUGCGCCUCUCAUGUACUUGCUGCGCAACCCACCCACCAAGGAAGAGAAGAAGUCCCUGAUCCUCGGAGAAAAGUCUUCAGUGCGAUACGUGACGUACCAGAACGAGGAUGAAGACGAGUAAACCUUAUUGCUGUCGCGGUAUUUAUACCGCACUCUGAAGAUGACGUCCUUGCUUGGUCUCAAAGAGAAUAAUUCAGUCUGUUUUAAAAUACAAGAACACGAAACGGUGUUCGUAUUGUCAAUCAAUCAAAUAAUGCUUACAGACAUAAAUUUGGCUGAAUGCAGAGUAAGUUACAAAUGACCAUGAAUAUAAUUACAAAUUAGCAUGCACUGAAAUACCAUGUACACACAUCUGUACUCCCAGUUGUUUCUUUAUAUUGCAGUGCAUACAACUUGAGGAACCAAAAUACCAAUCACAACCUGUAAUAUACAAGUACCCACUUAAAAGGGGAAGUCAUCGAUGUCGACAAAAUAAUCGUGCACAAAAUCGAUACCAAAUUUAAAUGUAAAAGCAUUAGUCUAUAUCAUGUAGGCCUAUACAGAUGGUCUAGAUAAGUUUUAAAGAGACCUCCAAACACAAUUUAUUUAUCCUUGUGCAAGAAAUAAUGGAGAAUUUUUAUUUUAAAAUAGUAUUUUGAAUAAAUUUUUACUGCAGAACUCUUAAUGCACAUCUGUUUGAGCUUUUGAAAUUUACUUUGAUGAUUUUAGUAGUUUCCAACAGUUUGUUUUCAUAAUCAGCAGGAUUUCCGACACGAUCACAUAAUGGUAAUAAGGAAGAAUUAUGAUGGACUUAAGAAACAGCUCUUUCUGCCAUAGAUCAUGGUUUUCCAAACUGGUUAUUGUAUUUCAUUGUUCGUGACGUUUCAGUGUAAUUGUAAAAUGUAAUAAUAUUUCCCCCAUUCACAGAUCGGCCUGACAUUACAAGAUACGGCUUUGGAAAGCUCUGAUCUGAGAUAUGUGCCGAAAAGUUUAAUUAAAUGUCGUGAUAUUUUUUUCUGAAAAUUAUUUCUCAUAAUGGUUGUGUUUUGACUAUGAAGAUAUGCAUAGAAGCUUAAUUCAAUAUUAUAUGGACCAAUAGUUGACUGCUAAAAUUUAAAAAAAAAAGAUGAAAACAUGGCUGUUUAUUUCUACUUUAAUGUGGUAAAUUGAGACCAUUAAUAACUGUUGUUCUGUUCUGGUUUAAAAUAUUAAUUGGUUAAUGAAGAUAUCUGAAGUUAUUAUACAAUAUCAUGGUUUCUAUUACAUUUAAAAUAUAAGCAUUCGAGAUUUGCUGUUUGGAGGUCUCUGCAUUCACUAGGAAUGCCAAAAUCCACAACAAAAGCCUGACAACAGGGUAUAUCAGUGGGACAAACUUCAUAUUACCUUUUUCACUCGCCUCCGUUCACUGUAAAUACUUUAUUUAAUUGGCCACUACCAUUAUCUCAUAUUAUCUGACAACAAAUUGUAUUAUCCUUUUAUCCUUUGGCCCACUAGUUUCAGUUAAUAUCAUUUUCCUACUUCCAAACCCGUACAUUGCUUGAUAUACAGGAUGGGUGGGAAGUAAGUAGGCAUUACAUAAUAUCUUUGCAUUGGAAAUAUAGAGGUUAUAACCAUUUCUCAAUGCCUACUUACUUUCUACCACCCUGUAGAUGCAUAUCUUUGUCAUAUGCUCUACAAAUCCUCUAACAGAUGCAUUUCUUUUAACGAGGAUCCUAUUUUGAGAUGAUGGUUCUGUGGAUAUGUAGAAUGCAUUACUAAAAUUUCUGAGGUUCUUUCUCCCUUCAUCCUUAAGGUGAAGUGUCUAGUCUAGGUAUCUAUGCUUGCCAUUGGGUACUCACUUCUCCGAGAAGAUGGAGAAUCUCUGAAACACUGGGAAUACAGACUACUUCUACUCAGUGCCACCAACAAAACACAAGACCCACAUUAGAACUGUAUUGCCAAGAAAGUCUAAAAUCUUCUAAAUGCAUUUCUUGUGUCUAAAGUUUUUGAAUCUGUCCAACUGACUGUGAAGAUAACAAAGAUACUAUUUUAAUUAAUAAUAGUUUUGAAUAACAAUAUUUAUUUGGUAAAAUACAGCAAUGAAAAUAUUUAUUUUUCCAUAUUUUCAAGAAACGCUAAGAUAAAUUGUGAAAACAGUGCACUACUUUUCAAUCGACUUCUUAAUGCGGGUAGAUUAGGUUUUAUAGGUCAGGGAUGGUGAUUAUUAUAGCAUGCAGGCGUCUUAAUUUGAACGAACCACCGAAAACGACUUUGAUAAGAGUGCAUGGAAUUAAAAUUUCUAUUCAUAUUGCAUUAAUAAAUCUCCAGGUUCUUGCCCGGAAAAUGGGUGUCCUUACUAAGGAUUUUUGUGAAUGGCUGCACAAAAUCCAAUUAUAUAAGGUUCAAUGUAAAAAAUACACCCCUGUACAAUUUGGUCUCCAAUUUGGAAUCUAGUUACACAUUGCUUUAUAAAUCGGAGCGCUCUUAUCACUCAACACCGAUGAUUUUAAAAAUCGAUCAAGACUUUUCAGUAGACUCUUGUGCAACUGCCGACAUCUUGAUAUUACAAAAUAUUGAUAACAGUUGAUGCUUUAUGCACUACUGUGUCUGGGCAAUCCUUUUAGUUUACAUUCUUUUCAUGAUGUCGCCAUGAUGAAGGCUGAGCUUGUCUAUCCAGACUUUAUUUCCAUCAUCUAAUUGUUACAUGCCAAGACAAACAGAGGUGUCUGACUCAUUGCAUUUUGUGGCAUUAGCCAAGUAUUGUGUAUUGUAAUUAAUAAACAAAUCAAGAGAUACACUUCUAAUUGUUCAUGUAAAACUAGCAUGUUGUGUAUCUUAUUUAUGUUUUACUCUGUAUAAAUAAAUAUGCUGAGGUUGUUUUUUAAAUUUAAAGAGUUAAAGAAAGACAAACUUUCUUCAGACGAGCUGAACUCGCUGCUCUCUGAAUUGUCUUUGUGAACAGACAAUAAAAUGUCAUGACACAAAUAAAAUGUUUGUUCUCUCUGCUGCGCAUGGAAUGCGCUCAGCUGGUUUGGGUCCGAAUACAUUUACAUGACGGGCACCAUCAACUUGAUGCCACCUGGUGGCAAGUUUGAGAGCUGAGGGGCUCGUCUGUAAGAUACUAUAUAUAAAUAUAUAUUCUCUAUGAUAAAUAUUAAUUGUGCGGAUAUAAGCAGAGUAUUCCACUUCCCCUUAUAAAUAACUGGCUAAGUGUUACAUGGCAUUUGUAAAUGGAGUGCUUCAAAUGUUUUGUGGUGUUUGCUGAAAUGUGGUGCAAAUAAAUGGUGUCUAAAAUGU